AUGUAAAUCUUUAAAGAAAUUUCACCAGAAAAUAGAAGUAAUUAGUUAAUCAAAUAAACUAGAUAUUACUCAUAACGAUUAAAGUAGAUCAUUAACUGCUUGUAAUCAAUAUAAAAAUCCAUCGAAGUAAUGGCUGAAUUAUUUGAUCCAAGGUGUUAAACACAAAACUACCUCAAAAAUAAUAAAUUGA